AUGAAGGACUCCCAGGCUACGAGAAACACUUCCUCAAAGGAGCAUUCAGUUGAUUCUCUUUGCCAACCGGUUGAGGAUUGCGGCCAACCUGCCCGGAAGAAAGCAAAUGUUGCUCUGACAGAAGCGCCCGCCGCCGUACAGACGCCUACCCAACCCAGCCAGUGCCAUGCAACACCCGCAACACUUGAAGGCAUGUCUGAUAACGGGAUAUUUGGGGGCACGCCAUCUACGACAUACGAGGGUUUUCAAACCUUCAGUGCCGAAGGAGCAGAGCUGGAGAAUCUCUGGAAUUUUGACCUGGACAUGAACUUCUUCCCAAGCUUGUUUGACCUCAGCACAGGGGUCGAGCUACCCGAUAGUCUCUGGCCGGUGCCAAAAGAGCCUGAAGGGCUUGCAACUAGGACCCCUGGACCUCCCACGCCCUCGACUCCCGCAGCCGUGGCUGAUAUUUACACCCGCGGUCUUUCCCCACCCCUAGAAGGAGAAGCCAUGGAGCCGCGGCAAUAUCAGCCGAGUUCCAUUGAUAUCGACGCGCAGUUGUCAUUCCCCGAUAUGGAAGACAUUUCCCCAGAGGAGGUGGACCAAGAAAACCUGGUGCAUGUCCCUGAAGUGUCAAAUACUGUCGUCGACCAGAUAGCCCAGUUGGCAUUGACUAUUCAAUCGACAUCAACUUUUCCAAGUUUUGUUGAUUUAAGGAUACCACCUGCCCCAGUAAUCAACGCUUGGGUGCAGCUCUACUUCGAACAUUUUCAUCCAGUGUUCCCUUUCCUACAUAAGCCGUCCUUUGGAAGGUCGGACACACAUUGGCUGCUCAUAUUUGCUGUUAGUGCCAUUGGGGCUCAAUUCUCUGGGUUACCCCAAUCGCAAGCCUGUUCGAGGGCAAUGAAUGAGAUGGUCCGGCGGUCGACAUCAUAUCUGUGUGAACAUCGUAAUCAAAAUGGUCGUGAACUGUGGUUGACGCAGGCCAUCCUGCUCAAUCAAUUGGCCUUACGGUAUUCUGGGGAGCGGAGAGCCCUUGAGAUCGCUGAAUUGUUGCAAGCGCUUCCUGUAACUUUGGCUCGUCGGAAACGAUUAUUCACGAACUAUCUACCUCAUGAAAGGGUAUCUCAUCUCGACCUACGCCUGGACCAGACAUGGCAGAUCUGGACUUUUGACGAGGAGAGGCGGCGAACUGGCUUUGCAAUCUGGGUAAGUCGAUGA